AUGAAACUGAAGGUGGGGCACCGGCACGUAGACCAAAGCGGCCUCGUGUACCUGCCGUACCUACACGAGUGGGCCGCCAGGACCCACAACCUCGUGGAGCUCAUCGCCAACAUGUCGGGCGUCUUUGGGGCGGAACCUCCGCUCUUCGCGGGAUCUUCCCAGCAGAACCCUCCAAUCCCGGAUCCUACCCCCCCGAUGAUACCUCCCCCGGUGAUAGUAAGCCCAGAACAGGUCCGCAAGAAGACGGAGAAGGACCUCACUGCCAAGCUGCAGAGCGAGCUACAGGCGAUGUAUGCGGUGCUGAGAACGGAUAUGGACUCGGCGUUCGAAACCCAGGGUCAGCUGGAAGAGAGCAAGGAAGAGGUAGAAAGGGAUGUGGAGGAGCUGUCUCGCCGCAAGAAGGAACUGGAGCGGCUGCUUCAGGUAUCGAAGGAGCGUGAGGCGGAGCUAGACACGUACCUGCAGGACCGAAAAAAGGAAGGCGAGCCCGCGGUGGACGAACUCAUCGAGCCAAAAGAUAGCUUGUCAGACCAGAUGCUCCGACUUGUCGCGGAGAAUGCAGCGUUGGAGGACGCUCUUUACUACCUGGAUCUGGGUGUAACCGACUCUGUGAUCACGGUCGACGUGUUCUUGAGGGAGAUCAGAAGGCUGGCACGAAAGCAGUUCGUGGCUCGAGCGACCAUGAAGAAGGUCGAGCGGGCUCAGCACGCACUAAACGCGCAGAGAGCGAAUUUCAACGCGCAGCAGCAGCACCAGCAGGCGGCGAGCAGAGCCAGCGGCGGAUACUACCCCAACCUCCCCCCGCAACAGCACCAGCAGCAGCAGCAACCUGCUGCGCGUGGGGGAUCAACGGCAUAUAUGGGCGGCCCCCCUCCCGUGUACACGCCUCCAACGGGCAACUACCCCGCGGCCGGGACGUACGGCGGCGCCGCGGCUGGGACGGCGGGGGGGAUGGGGUACGGGUACCCGUCCUACGGCGGCGCGCAGACGCCGUACACGCAACGGCGCUGAUGAUUGCUACAAACCUGCUGGGCGCGAGGCCGGUGCAUAGGAAUGCCCCCGACUCGAAAACGUCCAGCAACCGCCUUGCUGAACUUGGUCGUGCUCGGCUAGGCUGUUGUUCUCGCAGAAGGGGCCAUGUGCGCGCCUUGAACGAUAUCUCACCACUUCUUCUAGGGAUGGGGGGAAAUGUAUGGUGUGAACGUUGUUGCGCACUGCUUUGGUCAUGACGAAGCGAUAGCACUCCUCAGUCUGAGCGGUCGACCUCGUCGGUAGGCGAGAUGCUAAAUUUAGAUUACUUGCCGCAUUGCAGUCGAUCCUUGAUUUUCUCUCUUUCGCUUUUUCUUCGUAACUGCAAAGGGGGCAAUAUGAUGGCAUGGUGCAAUUUCAAAAUUGCGAGUGAAUGUGGUACUAUGUCUGCGGCCUAAGGCGCGCGGGGGGAGUAGGCAGUGUCGUCCACUCCCCCUCGAAGCAAGUGCUCGGCUUAGCUGAGCAGCUUGCUCAUUCCCUCUUCUCAGGAAAUUUUGUCGGUGGCGAUAUGCACGUCCCCUGAAGUGUGGAAGCGUCGGUCGUGUGGUGGCAGGAGGCGUGCAACAAGUGUGGGGAAACUUUUUUUUUUUUUUUGUGUUUUUUGGGUGUCACGUGUGUCCUUUUCUCCUUGUCAUCAAUCAGCGACCGCCGACGGCAAGUCCUACCGGUAGAAAGCGUAAGCGUAACAGUAAGCGCCCGCACUCAGGAACCUCUAGUUUUGGACGAGACGGAGGUUCUUCGUUCCUAAGGUUAUGCUACGAAUUGCCUUGUAUAGGUUUUAGUGUGGGCGUAGGUUUUGAUUUUUUCGGGGCUACGUACUGCUGAUACUAGUAUCAAUUUCUUGACUAAAUUGCCAAGGUCUUAGGUGCAGGCGCCAACUGUAGCUGGGUGGGAAGGAGUAAAUAUU